AUGGGGCCCUGGGGAGAGCCAGAGCUCCUGGUGUGGCGCCCUGAGGCUGCAGCCUCAGAGGCCCCAGUGCCCAUGGGACUGGAGGUGAAGUUGGGGGCCCUGGUGCUGUUGCUGGUCCUCACUCUCAUCUGCAGUCUAGUGCCCGUCUGUGUGUUGCGGCGGCCGGGAGCUAACCCUGAAGCCUCAGCCUCCCGCCAAAAAGCCCUGAGCCUUGUAAGCUGCUUUGCGGGCGGUGUCUUUCUGGCCACAUGUCUCUUGGACCUGCUGCCUGACUACCUGAGUGCUAUAGAUGAGGCCCUGGCGGCCCUGAACGUGACGCUCCAGUUCCCUCUCCAAGAGUUCAUCCUGGCCAUGGGCUUCUUCCUGGUCCUGGUGAUGGAGCAGAUCACACUGGCUUACAAGGAACAGUCGGGACCACCACCUCGAGAGGAGACGAGGGCUCUGCUGGGAACAGUGAAUGGUGGGCCACAGCACUGGCAUGAUGGACUGGGGGUCCCACAGGCAGGCGGAGCCUCAUCAGCUCCCUCAGCCCUGCGUGCCUGUGUGUUGGUUUUCUCGUUGGCCCUGCAUUCAGUGUUUGAAGGGCUGGCAGUGGGGCUGCAGCGAGACCAGACUCGGGCCAUGGAGUUGUGCCUGGCUUUGCUGCUCCAUAAGGGUAUCCUAGCAGUCAGCUUGUCCCUGCGACUGCUGCAGAGCCACCUGCGAGCACAGGUGGUGGCUGGCUGUGGGAUCCUCUUCUCGUGCAUGACACCCCUGGGCAUUGGACUGGGUACAGCUCUGGCAGAGUCAGCUGGGCCACUGCACCAACUCGCCCAGUCUGUGCUGGAGGGCAUGGCGGCUGGCACCUUCCUCUAUAUCACCUUCCUGGAAAUCCUGCCCCAAGAGUUGGCCACUUCUGAGCAGAGAAUCCUUAAGGUCAUUCUGCUUCUAGCAGGCUUUGCCCUGCUCACUGGCCUGCUCUUUAUCCAAAUCUAG